CAGCAUCAUUCAUUAUUAUUCAACCACCACAAUUUUGAGAGUUUUCAAAUUCUCCGACCAGUGCAACCAUAAACCUCCAAAAUGGACGGAACUCAACCGUCAUCCGGCGGCGGCGGACCGGCGCCGUUCCUCCUCAAGACGUACGAUAUGGUCGAUGAUUCAGUGACGGACGAAAUUGUGUCGUGGAGCACAAAAGGCAACAGUUUUGUCGUGUGGAAUCCUCCUGAGUUUGCUAGACACUUGUUGCCGACGUAUUUUAAGCAUAAUAAUUUCUCCAGCUUCAUUAGACAGUUGAAUACUUAUGGUUUCAGAAAGAUCGAUCCUGAAAGAUGGGAAUUCGCGAACGAAGAAUUUAUAAAAGAAAAAAAACACCUUCUGAAGAACAUUCAUCGUAGAAAACCGAUUCACAGCCACAGUACCAAUCCUCAAUCUUUAACAGCUGACCCUGAAAGAGCCGCUUUCGAGGAAGAAAUCGCUAAACUCACUCGCGAGAAAACUUCUCUAGAAAAAAACGUCUCGCGGUUUAAACAACAUCAACCCGCUACAAAACUUCAACUCGAAGACCUUACUCAACGGGUCAACAACAUGGAACAAAAACAGGACACCCUGUUGACUUUCUUAACGAAAGCGGCGCAAAAUCCCGCACUCGUCGAACACCUUGCGCAUAAACUCGAAUCGUUGGAUGUUUCGGUUGAUAACAAGAAACGGAGAUUGCCCCGAUCUCACGUUUCCCAAGAAGACGGUCUUGUCAACGAGUACAGCCCGUAUAGGCCUGAUUUCGGUAACGUUUUUCAUCAUGAUUUCUCGAACAAGCUUCGGCUCGAGUUAUCACCGGCCGUUUCGGAUGUUAAUUUCGUUUCUAACGGCAGCACUCAAAGCUCGGAUGAAGACGAUGGAAGUCCACAAGUUAUAUUAACCGACGACUUCACAAGGACUAAUGAGAUGACGACACCUGGCGGCGGGCCGCAAGAGCUGAUAGAUACUUGCGCAUCGUUUGGGUUUAACAUGAAAACCGGAUCGUGUGUAGAUGCUAAUGAAGAACCCGAGGGCUAUUUAUCGUGUCAGUUGAAUCUCACUUUGGCGUCAUGUGUAUCUCAAACCGACCCGUCUCAAGAUACGGUUACAAUCCCUGAAUCGUUUGAGGGUAUUCGAAAAACUUCGGGUCAAGACAUUAUAUCUUCGUCACAUGAUGGUCGGGCUAAUAAUGCAGCACCUGUAAACGUUCAGGCUCGGGUUAAUGAUGUGUUUUGGGAGCAGUUUUUAACUGAAAGACCGGGGUCUUCGGAUAUUGAGGAGAUGGGGUCGAGUUUAAGGUCAACGCCAUCGUUUGACCAAGAAGAUAGACGAUCGGGGUAUGGACCGUAUGGGAACUCAAGGAACCUGCGGAAUUUGACUCUUUGAGAAAGAAAUUAUGUACUAGUCCAUAUAUGGUUCACAUUUGAAAUAAAUCUUUCUUGAUUUUCUUCUCUUUUUAA